AUGGUUGUCCGCAUGAGACCGGACAUCCAAUGCUUUAAUCCUAGAGAUUAUCAGGUAAUUCCAUCAGUUUCUAACUGAAAAACAGCGAAUUUUCAGGUCGAAUUGUUGGACAAAGCGGUUAAAAAGAACACGAUAGUCCAGUUGGGCACCGGAUCCGGAAAAACGUUCAUUGCCGUUCUUUUGCUUAAAGAAUAUGGAGUUCAGAUGUUUGCCCCGCUUGAAAACGGCGGAAAACGCGCGUUUUUCAUCGUCGAGAAAGGUGUGUUUUAGAAUGAGCAAUUAUGCCAUUCUCAUCCGGAAAAAUCAAUAUUUUCCAGUGAAUUUGGUGGAACAGCAGGCGAAGCACAUUGAAAUCCACACGAGCUUCAAAGUGGGACAAGUGCACGGACAGACGAGCGACGAGCUGUGGAAGAGCAAAGAGGACUGCGCGAGAUUCAUGCGGGAGCACCACGUCGUCGUGAUCACCGCCCAGUGUCUUUUGGAUUUCAUCAACCACGCGUUCGUUCGAAUCCAAGACACUUGUGUGAUGAUCUUCGACGAAUGCCAUCACGCUCUCGGCUCUAAGCAUCCGUAUCGUCUCAUAAUGGCCGAAUACAAGACGCUGAAAAAGAAAAAUGAUCAUGUUCCACGGGUUCUCGGACUCACCGCCUCACUUAUCAAAGAGAAAGUGGCGCCCGUGAAGCUCGAGGAGCAGUUGAUAAAAUUGGAGAACGUUAUGGACAGUGUGAUUGAAACUGCCAGUGACCUCGUUUCGGUGCGUUUCUUCUUGGUUUUUCUGGUUCUGGUUGGUUCAUAAUAUUCUUUUUCCAGCUCUCCAAGUACGGGGCGCGGCCCUUUGAAGCCAUUGUGAUAUGCCGUGACUUUGACGUCUCCUGCUUGGAACUCGAUAACUACAAAUACGUGAUGGAAACGCUCACCGACACGGAGCAGUUUAUAAAUUCGACCGAUCUCUUCCACCGCGAUCUCGAUCUGGAUCCUCGCAGACCAAUCCGCGACUCUCUAAAGACGACAAAGGCCGUUCUGAGGCAGUUGGGACCGUGGGCAGCGUGGCGGACCGCGCAAAUGUGGGAGGGUCAGUUGAGUAGAAUAAUGAGGUCUCAAGUGCUGCCGGACAAAGCGCUGCUCUUUCUGAACCUCGCCAAGACUUCGAUGGUCACGAUCAAGCGGCUGUUGGAGCCGAAAAUGAAGGGGAUUCGGAGUCUGGAAGAGCUGCAGAAAUACGUUCCCCACCGAAUCACGCGGCUUUUCGAGGCACUCGCCAUGUUCAAUCCGGAGUUUCAGAAGGAGACGAUGCAGUUGGAGAAGCCCGAGAACCUUUCGGCCAUCGUCUUCGUAGACCAGAGAUAUAUUGCGCACGCUCUGAAUGUUAGUGCUCCGUACUUUACACAGUUUUAAAAUCAAAUUCCAGACGAUGAUCCGUCACGUGAGUAAAUGGGAGCCCAAGUUCAACUUCAUCACGUCCGAGUACGUAGUCGGUGCGAGCGGUCAGAACAUGGCAAAUUCGGACAACCAAGAACUGCAUAAACGACAAACUGAAGUACUUUCACUUUGAAAUCGCUUAACUACAACUGUUUCCGUCUUUUCAGGUGCUCCGUAAGUUCCACCGCAGUGUAAUCAACGUGCUCAUCGCCACUUCCGUUCUGGAAGAAGGCGUCGACGUGAAACAGUGCAACGUUGUGAUAAAAUUCGACCGUCCGACCGACAUGCGCUCGUAUGUUCAGUCGAAAGGACGUGCUCGUAAAGUCGGCUCUCGGUACAUCAUAAUGGUGGAUCAGAAGGACAUUCAAGCGUGCGACGACGAUCUGAACGACUUCCAGCACAUAGAACGCCUUCUUCUCAGCCGUUUCCGCACCGUCAACAAUCCUGUCGAGGAUGACACGGCGACUCUGGAGAAUCUGGAGGAUAUCGAUAAGCUGGUGCCUUCGUACGUCGUCGAAUCCACUGGAGCCACGUUGAAAAUGUCGAAUUCGAUCGCGUUGGUCAACCGGUACUGCGGCAAACUGCCAUCUGACAUCUUCACACGCCUGGUGCCCCACAACAGAAUCAUUCCAGUCGAGAUGCAAGGAGUGACCAUGUACCGCGCCGAACUGCUCCUCCCCAUCAAUUCGCCCAUCAAAGACGCCAUUGUCCUCCAGAAUCCGAUGCCCAACAAGAAGACCGCGCAGAUGGCGGUGGCUCUCGAAGCUUGCCGUCAGCUGCAUCUCAAGGGAGAGCUCGACGACAACCUGCUUCCGAAGGGCCGUGAAUCCAUCGCGGCGCUCUUGGAGCACAUUGACGACGAGCCGGAUGAGUACGCGCCUGGAAUGCUCGCCAAGGUCGGAUCGGCGAAACGGAAGCAGUUGUACGAUAAGAAGAUCGCUCGCGCGCUCAACGAGGGAUUCGUGGAGCCUGGUAAAGAGUGCUACAUCUACGCGUUCGAAUUGGAACGAGUCCGAGAGGUGGAGGAAAUCUCCAAUCCGAAGAGACGCAAGUUCCAGAAUCCGAACGAUUACGAAUACUGUUUCGGGUUCUUAAGCACCAAGGACAUUCCGAAAGUGCCGCCGUUCCCUGUUUUUCUGAGACAGGGCGACAUGAAAGUUCGUCUGACGAAGGCUCCGCAGAAGAUCACUUUGGAGGAGGCCCAGUUGCAACAGGUCCAGGCGUUCCACGACUAUCUCUUCACUCAAGUGCUCCAAAUGUGUAAAAAUGGCAAUUUGGAGUUUGAGGUGUCGACCAGAACGCCGCUAAAUACUCUAAUUGUGCCUCUCAACAAAAGUACGUUUUCCGUUUUCCGAAUCCAUCGCCGAAUAUAAUGAUUUCAGGCAAAGAAGAGUCCUAUUCGAUCAACAUGAAGUACGUCUCCGAAGUGGUCGCCAACAUGGAAAAUAUGCCACGUGUGCCCGACGACGCCGUCCGACGUCAGUACAAAUUCAGAGCGGAAGACUAUAAGGACGUGAUUGUGAUGCCGUGGUACCGAAAUAUGGAGCAGCCCGCGUUCUACUACGUGGCAGAGAUUCUGACGGAUUUGAGACCCAGUUCCACUUUCCCGGACAAUCAUUUCGAGACGUUCAAUGAGUAUUUCACGAAGAAGUACAAACUGGAGAUCUACGAUCAGAAUCAGAGCCUUUUGGACGUCGACUUCACGUCAAACCGGUUCAAUCUGCUUCUCCCUCGCGUGCAAACCCAUCACGGCUGCCAACAGAAUCGUCGUGCUCGCUCGAUGAGCACCUCGUCAACUUCUGGAGCAUCCGCCGCCGAAUCCAAAGACUCGGUGAAUUCCACGUCGCACUCGGCGCAACGCCAAAUCCUUGUUCCCGAAUUGAUGGACAUUCAUCCGAUUUCCGCGACGCUCUGGAAUGUGAUCGCCGCCCUUCCGAGCGUCUUCUACCGUGUCAAUCAACUGCUGCUAACGGACGAACUCCGCCAACGGAUUCUGGAGAAGGCGUUCGGGAAAAGUGCUGCAGAGGCGAAAUUGUCUCCGAACUUCGAGUGGAGCACUUUGACGUACUCUUCCGCUGUCGAGGAGACUCAGUCUGUGAUAGUCAAGAAGAUUCAGCAGCUGAGAGAGCUCAACCAGAAGUCGGCGGAGAUAAAGGAAGAGAAACAGAAGGCGGACCAAGUGGAGCAGAUGAGUCAAGAGGACGGAAAGUUCGACAUUGGAGUCUGGGAUCCGCAAGACGCGAUCCGGUCCGGAGUGACCAUUGAUUCCACUCGUGUCGACCUUACAAUGGACGUCGACCAGGACACUGUCGGUCUGAAUCAGGGACUGCACGACGGAAACAUAUCCGACGAGGACGACGACCUUCCGUUCGUGAUGCACGACUACUCGGCCCGUUUGACGGCCACCCAGAAGACCCCCGAACAGUGGCCGGGUGCCGAUUCAAUUGUUGCACUCGGAUGGGGAGAAGAGAUAACAGAACUGGUGGAUUCUGAUGUUGACACGCCCUUCGUAGGUUUUCAGCUCUUAGAUGGAUGCAAAUAGUUCAUUUUUCAGAAAAUCUUGGAUGAUUCUGGAGGCGUACUCAACAUGCAAGCACUUAUGGCUGACGUUGGCCGGGUUUUCGAUCCGAGGGCUGUUCCGAUUCCACUGAAUGCGCCGGUUGUUCCUCCAACAGCUCCUACUUCCGCGAUGCCAAUUCAUCCUGCUCCAGAGCCUAAAAAGCUCACGGAAUUGGAGGUUCGACUCAAACGGCUGCAAGAAGAACAGUUUGCGAAAGCAAGGGACCAACCGGAGAUGUCCGAGGAAAAAGAGAAGCCGAGAAGAACGGAGGAGACUGUCGAUCUCGACGAAUUCGACGAGAGCAUCAAUGAGACCGAGGGAGACGAGGAGCAGGAGGACGAGAUUCGCAAUCGUCACUCCACAAUGGACGACGAGAUUGAGGAGCUCUCGAUCGGAGCCAAGAAGAAGAAGGAGCUGGACGACCUGACUGUGAAGGAAGACGCGAUGGAUCGGCAGAUCUGCCAGGUCCUGCCUUCCGCGGCCAAUGACAUCCCCGCUCGGCCGUUCUCAUUCCAUCGCGAGAGCCAAAAGAUGGGCGGAUUGAUGAGAGAUCGUGCCGACGAAUACGUUUCGCACGUCGACUCGGAUGUCGGAAUGGGCGUCUCUCCGUGCCUUUUGCUCACGGCGCUCACUUGCUCCAACGCCGCUGACGGUAAGACAUUGUUGAAAUUUAGACGAAGACAUACACUUCCCGGGGAAAAACCAGUCUCAAAACAAUCAAUAUAAAAGCAGAUCUAUUUAGAUGACCCAAACAAUCAUACCAAAUUACACAAAAAAUUUGGAACGCUUCACGAAUUUGCGUGUCAUCCUUGCGCAGGGGCCAUGCUAAUCUUCUCUGUAUUGUUCCAAUUUUAGUAUAUGUUCUCGGAAGAACGAAAUGGAUAGAAAUGCGCGCACUUAUAUAGGGGCACGCAGGAGAGCGGCCGACAUCUCGCGGGUUCCGCCCUCCGCUAUUCGUUGCACGCCAGGUGGGCGGAGCCUAAAAAUGUCUGCGUCUCUUUCGGGUGUACUCGUUGUUGUGCACUAGAUGACCGAGAAUCUACGAGUGAACACAAGUAAAUCACAAUAUUCAGGAAUGUCUCUGGAACGCUUCGAAACGAUAGGAGAUUCGUUCCUGAAGUACGCGGUCACCGAUUAUCUCUUCCACACGCUCGUUGACCAGCACGAGGGAAAACUGUCGUUCGCCAGAAGCAAGGAGGUUUCCAAUUGCAAUCUGUACCGGCUCGGUAAGAAACUGGGAAUCCCUCAUCUGAUCGUGGCCAACAAGUUCGACGCUCACGACUCGUGGCUCCCGCCGUGCUACGUGCCGACGUGCGAUUUCAAAGCGCCGAACACGGAGGACGCCGAGGAGAAGGACCACGAAAUGGAGAGGAUUCUCGACGGACAGGCGAUUGAGACGAAGCCGGAGAGUAAAUCGGGAUGGGAUGUGGGGUCGGAUAAACUUAAGAGCACCGCCGAUGGCAUCGAAACGAUCAACUUCCCGAAACAAGCCCGCACGGUCACCGAGGACCUCUCCCCGUUGCCGUAUAACCUGCUCACUCAGCAGAACAUUUCCGACAAGUCUAUCGCCGACGCCAUGGAAGCGCUGAUCGGAGUGCACCUGCUCACUCUGGGACCAAAUCCGACACUGAAAGUGAUGAAGGAAUGGAUGGGACUGAAGGUGAUCGAGAAAGAUGCGGGAAAUCAGUCCCCGCUCCUCCGAUUCAUCGACACGCCCGCCAAUCCCGAUGCUUCUGUGAAGGCGCUCAACAAUUUGUGGCAGCAGUUCCAGUUUGCGCAGUUGGAGGAGAAGAUCGGGUAGGAUUCCGGAAAGAAACUGAAGAGAAAUAAUAAUAAAUCACUUUUGCAGCUACCGCUUCAAGGACCGUGCCUAUCUCGUCCAGGCGUUCACGCACGCCUCCUACAUAAACAACCGCGUCACGGGAUGCUAUCAACGCCUCGAGUUCCUCGGCGACGCCGUUCUCGACUAUAUGAUCACCCGGUACCUGUUCGAGGACGUGCGCCAAUACAGUCCCGGAGUGCUCACCGAUCUCCGUUCCGCGCUCGUCAACAACACCAUUUUCGCCUCGUUGGCCAUCAAGUACGAGUUCCAGAAGCACUUUAUCGCAAUGUGUCCGGGACUGCACCACAUGAUUGAGAAAUUUGUGAAAUUGUGCGCCGAACGCAACUUUGACACAAAUUUCAACGCGGAAAUGUACAUGGCGACGACGGAGGAGGAAAUCGACGAGGGGCACGAGGAGGACAUCGAGGUGCCGAAGGCGAUGGGCGACAUAUUCGAGUCGGUGGCCGGGGCGAUCUACCUCGACUCAGGCCGCAACCUCGACACCACGUGGCAAGUUAUCUUCCAUAUGAUGCGCAGCACCAUCGAAUCGUGCUGCGCUAACCCGCCCCGCUCGCCGGUCCGCGAGCUGAUGGAGCUCGAGCAGAGCAAGGCGCGAUUCAGCAAAAUGGAGAGAAUUCUGGAGAGCGGUAAGGUGCGCGUGACGGUCGACGUCGGAAACAACCUCCGAUUCACCGGAAUGGGCAGAAACUACCGUAUCGCCAAGUCGACGGCCGCGAAGAGAGCUCUGAGGUAAGCAUUUAUUCAAAGUUUUAAAAUUCAUGCUUUUUUUUGCAGAUAUCUUCACCAGAUAGAGGAGCAGCGAAGAAACGAAUCGCCGUCCACCUGA